AAUAUAAGAGGACCCGGGACGUGUUGCGCAACCGUACACACGGACGUUUUCAUGAAAUUUUUAUUCGAUGUGUCCAAGGGAAAAUUGAAAAUGUACGUCAACCGCGGGAUGAGAGGGUGUGAUAUGCGUGCCAUCUCACCCCGUUAAAACGGCGCAUGGCCGUGGAUGCGGCGCGUAUUUAAGGGCUGAUCCCUCACGGAUCUCGCCACUAUCACCGUACCCUUCGAUCUUACGCAAGCAUAACGCCGCUGUUUCGACCCGCGUUCGCCACCCCCGAGUGUCCACAGUGAAAUCAGGAAGCAUCCCCCGUCACGUUUCUUGGAACGACUACACCCUUUCGGCAUCUCCGCAGCAUCUCCACCGAUCGGCAACAGAAUGAUGGGCUCAACAAUCGUGAUCCUCUUAUCGAUGACGACCAUGGCAAUGUUCUGCAACAACGCGUCGGCGGCUUUGCCGUCGCAAUGCAACCCCGGCUUCCUGGACGAUCUUCCUCCCAGGAUCCGCAAAGUUUGCGCCGCUCUGUCCAGGAUAUACGAACUGGGCUCAGAAAUGGAAAGCUACAUCGACGACAAGGAGAAUCACAUAACGGGUUUUCACGAGAGCCUCCCGUUACUAGACAGUGGCGUUAAGCGGCAGGACGUCGACCACGUUUUUCUGCGCUUCGGAAGACGUCGUUAAACGUCGUGGCGGAUGACGUCUGUAAAAAACAUAUUUGCAGAUCCAUUUCAAAAUGAUUCUACUUGCGUUUCCCCUCGUUAUCGAAUGUCUAAUUAGAAUUGCCACAUAUUAUUAGCGCGGCUUCUUCAUUCUUCUAGAUAUCUGCUUUAAAAAAAAAGAGAUUCCUCCUCUCCUAUCCUUUGCAAAUAAAUUCUAUAGUGAAAGCAGCAACAA